AAUAAACAAAACGUUAUAACCGCACAGCAUAAAAACAACUUUCUUUCUGGGCAAAUUGUUUUUGUAGCUUUAAUCGUGUUUGUGUUUUUUUUUGACGUACAUCAUUAGAUGCAGGCUAGUCUCCAAAACAAAACCUACGUCCGUGUUUCUGGGAAUUCUUUACUAUAGAAACAGUGAAAUUCGCCCAAACUGGAGCUGUUAGCUAGCCGAAUGUGUUGACUAGCAACGUCCUGAUGUUGUUCUAAUUUUUCCCGUUAAGGAGAUGGAUGGUUAUCCCGCUGUCAUCGGCGCUGAUUCUACAAAACAACAAGAAAGACAUUACUACUUGUUGUCUGAAUUACAAACCUUAGUGAAAGAUUUACCAAGCUCCUUCCAGCAGCGCCUGUCCUACAACACGCUGAGUGACCUGGCUCUAGCACUCAUAGAUGGCACGGUUUAUGAGAUUGUGCAGGGGCUCCUGGAUAUUCAGCAUCUGACAGAGAAAAAUCUUUGCAACCAGAGGCAAAAGCUGCACUGUGAACAUCAAGCACUUAAACAAGAUCUUGCACGAAAACACAAAGACGCUCUGCAGUCAUGCAAGUCUCACAACCUUGCCCUUCUCAAAUCAAACCACCAAGCAGAACUCGAGGCUCUGGACAUUCGUGUGCGAGAGGAACAGAGAAUGAUGGAUAAAAAGAUUGUUGUGGAAAUGGAUCAAAAAGUGAUAGACCAGCAGAACACCCUGGAAAAGGCGGGAGUCCCUGGGUUUUAUAUCACCACUAAUCCUCAGGAGCUGACAAUGCAGAUGAACCUACUUGAAUUGAUCCUCAAACUUCAACAGAAGGAGUCACAAUCUGGAUUACUAUGAGAAAGAUGAUAAAGAAGCCUAGUUGUGCCAAAAGAAACAGACGGCAUGUGCUCACAUUCUAGUUACUGUGAGAUUCACAGUGCUUCGGUAAACAUGUAACAUUGCUGUCUGUCAGAAGCAACAAGUUCAGAAAAUGUUGAGCACCUGUUGUACUUAAAGAAAUUAAAUCACCAUCAUAAACCCGCAGGAGAUGGUUGGUUCUGAAGUAUUCAAGUACAAAGUUUCAAGUAGUGAAGGAGAGGAGUAGCAGGUUGUGACAACAUAGCUUCUAAAGCACCUAAAUGCCAUGUCACGCAUUGUGAAGUUAGAAAGUUGUUUUUUUUUUUUUUAAAGACACAUUUAAGAACACAAAGAGAUGACCGGAGAUGGCUAUAACUGGAAAUAAUGCUGUGACCUUCCUGCAAUGAGAUGGUCUCUUCGUAAGUGCCUCUUGAUGUCUUUGAAGCAGUCAGCAAACGUUUGAGGUGAAAAGGAAAGUUUCAGUCCUUUGUGUGUACACAGAGACCCAACUCUGAGCAGCAGUAGGGCACUGACAUCAAAUAUAAAGUUGAAUUCUGUAACUUUACAUGUUGCUUUCAACAGUGGUGAAAAUUGUUUCGGAAGGUUGUGUGAAAACCUACUGUUCAUUUAAAAUAAGCCUUUGGACAUUAUGAAAAAUGGGCGAGGUCUUACUGGCCUCACCUCUGGACGGUGAAGUGAGUGAGCUCCAGUGUUCUUGAUCUGUUCUGAGCAGACCCUUGAGGAUAGGGGUGCAAAUUAGGCCUUGAGUUAACCUCAGUACAUUUACAUUGAUAUUUUUAAAAUGUCAGUGUUGCUUUAUGCUAACUGUCUUACAAAAAAUGUACAACAAUAAAGCAACUGAAUUACUGAUAUGAUACAUCAUGAACAAAACUCAAUAUGGACAGUAGCAUAUUUCUGGUUUUCCAUUCACAAAUUUCAAACUUUAAUAAAACAAAUGUUUUAAAAGUUUCUCAAAUCAUCUUUGUGUGAUGUGAAUAAUUGAACAGAACUGAGUUCUGUAAACAUCAAUGUAGAUCUUUUUCAGUCCUGUUAUUUGUGUAGCACUGUGUUCCUCCUUGGAGGCAGCUGCUCCUCAUCACUCAAUGUGGAACCAAUCACAACUGUGCCAGUUAGCAGGUAGCUUGAUUGGAUACCAGUAAAUAAAUAAAUCUG